AUGUCGAAUAGUUGGCUGACCUGGGAAACAGAUGAUGGCCCAUCGAACGCGAUCAUCCUGCACGAAGACAAGCAGUACUACCCGACGGCGCAACAAGUAUACGGAGAUGAAGUCGAAGUGCUGGUACGAGAGGAAGAUGAGCAGCUUCUCACGCAACCGAUCAUUGCGCCUGUCGAGCAAAAGAAGUUCAACAUCGAGGAGGCCGACCUGCCGCCAGUCUUCUUCGAGCGCAGCUUCAUGACGGACCUCAUGAACUUCCCCGACCAAAUAAGGAACGUUGCGCUGGCAGGACAUCUCCACCACGGAAAGACCGCGUUCAUGGACAUGCUUGUGCUGGAGACCCAUGACAUCACCGAUAGACUCGAGCGCCGGGUCGGCAAGAAGAGAGACGAGCAGCUCAGAUACACCGAUGUCCACAUCGUCGAGAGAGAAAGAGGAGUUUCGAUCAAGGCGUCGCCAAUGAGCUUGGUGUUGCCGAGCUCGAAGGGAAAAUCCCACCUGGUCAACAUUCUGGAUACCCCUGGCCACGUCAACUUUGUUGACGAAGUCGCGACUAGUCUGAGAUUAGCCGACGGAGUCUGUUUAGUCGUCGAUGUCGUGGAGGGCGUCCAAGUCAACACGGAGCAGAUUAUCAAGCACGCGGUUCUGGAGGAUAUUCCCUUGACACUCAUCAUCAACAAGAUGGAUCGCCUCAUCUUGGAGCUCAAGCUGCCGCCCAAGGACGCGUACUUCAAGCUCAAGCAUGUGAUUGAGGAGGUCAACACCGUCAUUGAAAACACAAUUCCAGGAAAAGGCGAAGCGAAGCGGAUAAGCCCUGAAAAGGGCAACGUUCUCUUUGCUUGCACAGACAUGGGAUGGUGCUUCACUCUGCAGUCGUUCGCCAAGAUGUACGCCGAUACCUACGGCGGCAUCAACACAGAGGAUUUCGCAAAGAGAUUGUGGGGAGACGUCUACUUCAACCCCGAGAAGAGGAACUUUACGCGCAAGCCGUUAGAAGCCCGCUCGAGUCGGUCGUUCGUCAACUUCGUCCUGGAGCCCAUAUACAAGAUCUUUACACAUACCAUUAGCGACAGCCCUGAAGACCUGAAGGUGGUUUUGGGCGGCCUGGGCAUCACUCUGAAGCCGUCUCAGUACAAGGCUGACGCCAAAGUAUUGUUGAAGCUCGUCUGCGAACAGUUCUUUGGUCCCUCGACUGGCUUCGUCGACAUGAUCGUACGCCACAUCCCGUCACCCGAUGAGUCUGCAGAGAGGUAUUUGGAGAAAUACUACACAGGCCCUCUGGACACGAAGCUGGCUGAGUCCAUGAAGUCUUGUAACCAAGAUGGGCCUUUGGUUGUUCACGUCACAAAGCUCUUCAGCACGGCGGAUGCCAAAAGCUUCUAUUCAUUUGGUCGUGUUUUGAGCGGUACGGCUCGUCCCGGCAUGCAAGUUCGAGUCCUGGGAGAAGGAUACUCGACAGACGACGACGAAGAUAUGGCCAUGGCAACAAUUUCCGAUGUGUUCAUCGGUGAGUCAAGGUACAAUAUCCCGACGGACGGUGUACCGGCGGGCAACUACGUGCUUCUUGGUGGAGUCGACAACUCCAUUGUCAAGACAGCAACCCUCGUUCCGCCCAAGCUCGAGGAUGACGAGGAUCCUUACAUCUUCAAGCCUGUUACACAUUUCACGGAAUCCGUCCUCAAGGUGGCUGUUGAGCCUAUCAACCCUUCAGAACUUCCCAAGAUGCUUGACGGUCUGCGGAAGAUCCAAAAGAGUUACCCCUUGAUCACCACCAAGGUCGAGGAAUCAGGAGAACAUAUCGUGCUGGGCACCGGUGAACUGUACAUGGACUGUGUUCUCCACGAUCUGAGACGCCUGUACGCCGACAUGGAAAUCAAGGUGUCGGAUCCCGUCACGCGAUUCUGUGAGACCGUCGUGGAGCAAUCCGCGACAAAAUGCUACGCCAUCACACCGAACAAGAAGAACAAAAUCACAAUGGUGGCCGAGCAGCUGGACAAGGGCAUUUCAGAAGACAUCGAAUCAGGCAAGGUCAAGAUUAGGGAUCCCAUUCGCAAGACGGCCAACUACUUCGAAGAGACCUACGGCUGGGACAAGCUGGCAGCGAGAAGCAUUUGGGCGUUCGGCCCCGACGAGAUGGGCCCGAACAUCCUGCAGGACGAUACACUGCCCUCUGAGGUUGACAAGAAGCUUCUGACAACGGUCAAGGAGACCAUUCGCCAAGGUUUUAGCUGGGCGACUAGAGAAGGUCCCCUGUGUGAAGAGCCCAUUCGGAAUACAAAGUUCAGGAUCACUGAUGUGUCAUUGGCAUCGGAAGCCAUCUUCCGUGGAGGCGGUCAAAUCAUCCCCACCUCUAGGCGGGCCUGCUACUCGUCGUUCCUGAUGGCCUCUCCUCGAUUGAUGGAGCCGCUGUAUUCCGUCUCGGUGACAGGCCCUGAGGACUCUGCUACGGAGGUCUACACGACGCUCGCCAGACGCCGUGGUCACGUCCUCCAGGAUGGUCCGGUAGCGGGCACGCCUCUCUACCGUGUCAACGGUUUAAUUCCCGUCAUCGACUCGUUUGGUUUCGAGACGGAUCUGCGCAUCAAGACCAAGGGUAUGGCCAUGGUCAGUUUGACGUUUGACAGCUGGAGCAUUGUGCCAGGCGACCCUCUUGACAAGGAGGUCAUCAUCCGGCCGCUACAGCCAGCCAGCGCUCAGGCGACUGCCAGGGAUUUUGUGCUGAAGACUAGGAGAAGAAAGGGUCUUAGCGAGGAUGUGAGCGUGGCGACCUUCUUGGAGCCCGAGUUCUAUCAAAGCCUUAUGGAGAGUGGCGCGCUUGGUGACUAA